AUGGGGAUGGGAAAGCUUACUACGCUGAGAUAUGAAUGCUUUGUAUGUGUUUUUGGUUCUGUUGAAGCAAGGGAUGCUGUUCUUUGUGGAGGCCCCUGGUUCAUUGGAGGUAACAUUGUGGGAUUGGACAGAUGGAUGCCGAGCUUCUCUACGGUGUCGAUGGAAGGCCUUUCCUCUUCGGUAUGGAUAAGAUUGCCUAAUCUCCCUCAACAGUAUUGGGAUGAAUGUAAUAUCUCCAGGAUUGCUUCGAAGAUUGGAGUUACCCUCUGGAUUGAUGCACAGACAGGCAAUUGGGGUAUAAGAGAGUAUGCCCGGGUGUGCAUCAGGAUGAAUUUGGCUAAUAAGCUUCAGGCAGGGAUUUGGGCUAACGGGUUGAAUGGGAGAUUCUACCAGAAGGUAGAAUAUAAGUGUAUUGGACUCAUGAGUUUUGGCUGUGGAAAAGUGGGGCAUAGGAGGGAUAUGUGUCCGUCGAGAGUUGGUGGACAAGGGGAUAAUGGGAAUAAAAGAACAAGGGAGCAAUUGAAGCAGACAGGUUCUGGGGCAGGCAGCUUAAAUCAGCAGCUGGGAAGUCUUGGGAAGUUGGAUCAGACUCAAACUAAGAAGAAUGUGGCAGUUGCAAUUAAAAUAGAGGGUGGGAGAAAGGUAAUACCUGCUGGAAAUAAUGAUAAAGGAAAGAUGGUGGAGGUUCUACAAGAAGUGAAUGGAGGCAAUGCUAAUUCGGUGGAAAAUCUUCAGGAAAUUGAUGAUCAGUUGGGCCCCUGGAUCCAGGUUCCCCCAAGAAGGAGAAGGAGUACGCACUUACAAGUUAGCAAUAAGGAGAACAUUGAAAGUAAACAGAAUUUGAAUCUUUCUAAACAGGUGGAUUUGGGCAAUAUUCAAGCUCCUGCCAGUAAGUUGAAGCCUACUCAUAAGCAGAGUAGGAUGGGAUUUAAGCAGCCUUUGCUGUUUAAGGCUAGAAUGAGACUUGUUAACAGGUUUCAAUUGGGACCGAGUGAGGAGAUUCCUAGGAAAAGGAAAAAGGAGAUGGUGGAAGAUCAUGAUCGUGAAGACAAUAGCGGCGGGGACGCUUCCCCUUUUGUUUUUUAA